GCUUUACCUUUACUGAGCUGUUUAAGUAGCUUCUCAAGCAAAAGUUUCGUCUGGCGUGUAAAAAAUGUGAGUUUUAAUGAUUGCGUUUCAUCUCCUUCACUCGUUUACACCACAGAGACUCAACGCGAGGGUUUGUUGUCCCACGCCAGGUUUUUCUUCUAAUUUUUUCUUUUUUAUAUCAGUGUAUGAAGAAACAAACUUCCAGCUGAAAUCUGGGAGAGUCAGUGGACCUCAGCCUCUGACUGUAUGGAUGCAGAUGAGGCACGAUGCUAGCUAGCUAAGUAGCUACCAAGGACAUGAUGAGCAUCAGCACUACCCCCCGUCACCACCACUGAAGAUCAGCCUACAGAAAGUUGAGCUGCGGACAUGGAAGGCAAUGGAGAGAUCAGUGACACUGAUAGUGGCAUCAUCCUUCAUUCAGGCUCUGACAGCCCAACGACGCAUACUAAGGAUGUGACCACCCACACGAGGGCCAUGAAGCUCAAACACCAGGCUCUCCAAGACCGACUGGAGCUCUGCAUACUGGAGCUGAAGAAAGUCUGCAUCCGUGAAGCUGAGUUGACAGGACGCUUGUCAGAUGAUUACCCUCUCCUGCCGGGAGAGAAACCUCCACAGAUUCGCAGACGAAUUGGAGCUGCCUUUAAACUAGACGCACAAAGCUUCCCUCAGGGAACAGAGGAGUCAGAACUGAGUUUAGUGGAUGCUGAGUUGGCUCUUCAGAUGAAAAUAUACGAGGCAGCACGAAAGCUCUACCAGGAGGAUCACCUGAGUAAGGCUGUUAAAAAGAGUCGUUUACAGCAGUGCAAGAGAGAGGACAGGAAACUGAAGCAGCUGCAAGAGACGUCCUUUCAGCUGCGCCUCAAGCACGGACGAUCAUCGCCACUCCCUGCUUUUAAUAUUGCACAACAAGAUGUGGGUACGUCUGAUGACAGCUCCCUGUCUGAUUCUGUGGUUCAAGAUGAAGAAGUGACAAGCCAGUCAUCGCAGCCAUCCUCAGGUCUUCCCUAUCCAGCAGAGACAGAUGCUCCUCAGCCCCCUGAGUCCUCACACUUGUCUGUAGACGGCUCCUCUACACCUGUGGAUCAACAUUCUCUGCUGCUGACACCUAAUAAAUCUCCUCACCUGAGCUUUGACUCUUUGCUGAGUUUAAACUCAAGCCCAGUAUAUGACCCUCCUCCCAUCCAACACUCCCCGUGGACUGAGUCCAGCCUGGACCAACCUUACCAGAAGAGCAAGAAGUCUCGCUCUUCCACCAAGACAAGCAGUCCGGCCAAAAGCGAACUGCUGCCACCUUUAGAGGCUUGUUUACCACAGUCUGCUCUGCCAGUGCAACUCUCCCAUCUAAAGCUGAGCCGCACCCUCUCCAGCAGCACUCCCUCCACACCAGAGAUGCGCGUGCACCGGCAGCUCUCCCUCAGGUUGUCCAAUCCUGAAUCUCCAUUUGAAAAGGAACGCGGUCGCACCAGAGGUCCAAGACGACGCCUGACAGAAUAUACAAUAGCGUUACCAGAGACCACUCCCCCCUCAGUGAAGUAUGGAAGCCAUGCAAGCUCUGACGACAGUAACUCCGAACAUUCCUUCGCAUCUUACAAUAGCUCCCCGUGUAAGGAUUUCCCCUGUGAUAUGCCCAAACAGUACCGGCCUUCAUUACCGUAUUGUAGCCCGGUUACCAGCUUUGGACCUCAAGGCUUCUCACGCACUGCUUUUUAUCAUAAUCCCAGACUCCAGUCCAGCCCCACUGUUCACAAAGCCUAUUACAAUGAAAUGGUCUACUCGCCUGAUGCAGACCUAGCAAGGAACUAUUACUCCCCGCAAGCUUCCUGUCCAUCUGGUAGAUAUGAUUAUUGGUAUAAAGACCCUGCUGUGUCCCACCAGAGAGCUCAGAGGCCUUUACCUCCUGACGUCAGACUCUCGCCCUCACCUGCUCAAUGGGACCACCCACACUACUGCCCCAGUGGUGUCCCCCGGCAAGUGGUGAAUGAACAGCUCAAGUCGUGGCAUCGGCGCAGUCAGCUGAAAUCCCCCAGAUCUCGAUCUCUUGACCGCCAGGGAGCAGUCCGAAUGAAAAACAUGCCACUGCGGGAGUCGCCCUGUCACCAAAGUCAAAAGUACCAUGAACAGGUAAUCCAAAGACGGCCUCACCAGAGAAGUACAGAUGAUACGCAAGAUCACUGGGUGGUAGACGACGGCUCUCACUACAUAAGUCAAGUUUAAAGACAUGAAAGUCGAAAACACCAAACAUGAACAUGGAUCAUUUUCUAACAGACCAAAACAAAGUAGUCAGAAAAUGACAGUGGAUUAUUUGUUUUUACCCAUCAUGAAAUCUUUGUACUUGCUAGUCUGCAUUUGGGCGUACAGUUGGGAGGAUGAAAUUAAUUCCAAAACAAUAACACCACAAACUAUGGCCUCUCACGUUACUACAACUUGAACCAACACCUCUCUGACACACACUGAUUAAAUCUAAUUGCAGAGCUGUGUUUUUUUUUUUACUCUAAACUGUGUGUUGUUUUUAAUCCACUUUGUGUUUGUUAUACUGUAAUAUCCUUCGUGUCAAACCAUCCCAGAGCUUCUGCACUGAGACAAACAGGGUCGUUUUCAUGUGUGAAUGAAUCACUAAUGAAAUCAAACUGGUUGACAACGGCACAAGCUGGUACACAGCAGAGAUAGCCACUAAAUUUGCUCAUUGUAUUAUGAGAAAUGUGAAUGUUUUUGUAAAAACAAAUAACGUCAUGUAGGCCAUACUGCUGGUGUUGAACUCAGAUUAAUAAUGACGUCUUUUAAACAUGUUAAAUGUAAACUGCCAAGUUAUACUUUAUGUGGAGAGUGAGAUAUUCACUCUUCACUUUGUUACAUUGAGUGCAAAGUUCUCCUUUAAAUAUUCGUAUGAAGGAAACAAAUCCAUUGUAAAAUCAUUUAAAACAGCAUAAUUUUCCCUUUUUAAGUACAUUUUAUUUGUAAUCAUGCCUUCAUUUAGUCACCCUGUUAAUGAACUUGAGCUGCUUACUGUAUAUUUUCUUUCCAGAUUUGUGUACUUUUGUAAAAACAGUCAUGUUUUUUAUACGUUGCCAUGCCUGUGGCUGUUAACUUGAAUUUUUAACUGAUUAAAUCAACUAGUUGAAACUAUUAACACACAAAAAAAGUAGCAAAUGAAGAUUAAAAGUAGCGUAUUGCUUGGCAGCUGAAGAUGUGUCACUGAGCUUUGACCUUAUAUUCUUUUGACACAGCAGAUCACUUUCCACUAGUUGUUGUUUUUUUAUCGCGCCAAAUGUAAUUUAGUGUGAAUGGUACUCAAAAUGCUGCCAAUGUGCGUCAGCGUUUCGCAACCAAACAGGAUUUUAUUGUUGGUCAUUUAUGAAUUAGACCUAAUACAUAUACACAUUAAGCCACAGCACAACACUGACUGCUCUCCCUCUGUGAUCUAUUUAUGUGUUAAUUUAUUGUGAUUUACACCAUAGGGCUCAUGGAAAGUCAGACUUGAAAUGAAAGAAAACUUUGGUAGAGUUUGUGUGACCCAGCAGCGGAAAAGACUGUGUUUAGUAAUGACUAAUGAAAGAUGCAAGACCACAAUCAUGUUACCUUGUGUGCAGUGUGCCUUUUUUUUACUGUCUUCUAUUUAUCAAUAACAGUAGUUUUAAAUUGACCUAAUAAUGUGUUACUUUGCUGUAUAAAAAAUCUGUGAAAUGUUUUUCCUGUGGAAGUAAAUAAAGAGUAAUGUUGUUUA